AUGCGAAUUAAUUUCAUUAUCAGAUUUCCUGUAAUAUUAGAAAAACCAAAACAGAUAAAAUAGAAAUAUUGUGUUCCAAAUACUAAGGCAAAAAGCAAUAGUAUUGCAGGUCCAAAACUUGGUGAUAUUCGAUAUCGAGAUUUUCUAAAAGUUUGAGUAGAUUGAGUUGUUAAAUAUCGAGAAAUAUUUCAUCUUGUAUAUUGGCAUUAACUAAUUAGGUGAUGUUAGAAUUUAAAUCAAGCUAAUAGGAAAGUAAAAAGGCCACAAAUGAUGAUAUUCUUAUUACAUUAUGA